AUGGCGCUUUUUAUUGGAAGGUACUGUCAAAAAUUCUAUGAUAAAGUUUGGUCCGUGUUGUUUACCUUCUAUUUAAAUCUUAGGUUAUCAUUGGAUACUCACCCUCGAGAUCUUGAACACAUUUUUGACAAAUAUGGACGUCUUAAUCGAUUAGAAGUGAAACGAGGAUACGCUUUUGUUGAAUAUCAAGACGAGAGGGAUGCAUCUGACGCAAUGAAAGAAACUGAUGGUUUGGUCGAGUACGCGGAAAUCGUAUUGUUGUUGAAUGGGCAAAAAAUGGUGGGAGAAAACCAGCCGAAAAUCAGUGCUUUAAAUGUGGUAGAGAAGGUCAUUGGGCAAAAGAUUGUCGUUCGAGCCGUAGAGAAAGACGAAGGAGCAAGAGUCCAAGAAAAAGAAAGACAAUUGUUAGGUUUGGGAGAAGUUCAAUUUGUUAAAUCAGCUAGACCAUACCGACAGUUAUAUAUAGAAAAACAUUUUAUAAUUCUAAAGAAUUGGUGCUUGGGACAGGAGGAUGAGCCUACAUAUUGUAUUUGGAAUUUAAUUGUUCCGCGGGAAGAAUUAAAUGCUAUUCAAAGACUACCAGAAUCUCGUUCUCGUUCUCGUUCACCUAAACGAUCAUUAACUCCUGCAAGACGUGAUCGUGAUGAUAGAUAUUAUAGGAGAUAUUCUGAUGAUGAGAAAGAUAGGAGGCAUAGUCAUGAUGACAGACGAUAUUCUUCGGAUAGAACUUCUAGCGAACGAGGUCAAAGUUAA